CACUGUGAUUUAUUUUUAUUUAGAACUAUUCAAAAUCGAGAAAUCGAUUUUAAUGUACAUACCAGUAAAUAUUUUUACAUUGUACAUUUUCCACGAAACAUUUUUCAUCUUAAUAUCCUGUAUCCUAACACUGCAAGACAAAAAAAUAAGUAUAAUGUCAAGAAAUAAACACACGAAACAAGCUCUCGUGGUUCUUGCACGCAACUCGAAUUUGUUGGUCCUCCAGUAUCCCACAAUGCACCGCUGCCGCUCUCUGUGUCCACGUCAAACCUGACAGCCAUCGCCGGAGCCGAGCAGCUGAUAAUGGCUGCAGUUGAGGUGGCACUUUCUGUGCGCUGUAGUGUGUAGACCAGACAGAAACUGCUGAAAACACAUCUCAGGCUUAGUGUGGAUGACACAGACUUCGGCAUAAGGCCUUAAUGUGAGCUAGCAGCGGUCUGGCGGCGAUAAAACGUCGCUUAGCUCGUUUGUCUUCACAAAUUCCGUCAGGCAAACCGUCAGCUGUUACUAGCCGGAGUCUUUGCUAAACGAGCGUGUCAGCCUGAAAAGCGACUUCGGUUCGGAAGAUCUGAGUGGUGGAUUUUUGCAGUAAACGGCGCCUCUCUGGUAUCGAGUUCACAGCUGAGCUGAAUGACCAGGUUGACUUUGUUACCUCUGCAGUCAAAGCUAGGCUAGCCCCCCUAGCUGUGUCCGGCCCUGCUUUGUUUUUGUUUGGUUGGUAGCCCUCCUGAGGAUGGCAUCGUGGCUGGGUGGACUCGGCUCCGGCCUCGGUCAGUCUCUGGGCCAGGUCGGUGGGAGCCUGUCGUCUUUCACCGGACAGAUAUCAAACUUUACCAAAGACAUGUUACUGGAAGGAGUGGAAGAAGUAGGAGAUGCUGCCACAGAGCUGCAGGUGUCCAAUUCCAGGUUGGCUGAACUCGAGGCUGCAUUUGCCACUCAGAAAUCUGAGUCUGACAGGUUAAGAACGCUGCAUGCCGAGCUCGAGGAGAAGCUGGAGGCGUCGGAGAUUCAGAUUAAAAGACAGUCUGGAGAAUAUCGAACCCUUCUGCAACAGAAAGAUGUAGAGAUCAGUCACCUGAAAGCUCGGCAGAGUGGACUACAGGAAGAGGUCCAGAAGCUACAGCAGUCGGCUCAGUCUGCCUCAGCCGGUCCCGCGCUGCUGCCCAUCACUACCACUUCCUCAACCACUACGUCCUCUUCUGUUUCCUCCUUCCUGUCACGGCCCUCAGGGUCCCACCAGGGCUUCCACGGCGACGAAAUGGACCUCAGCGACGUCAUCUGGUCGCAGCAGGAGAUCAACCGGCUGUCGACUGAAGUGACUCGUCUGGAGGCAGAGGUGGCUCACUGGAGACGAAUUUCUCAGACGUCAGCAGCAGCAGGAGCUGGUAACGGAGACCAGGGGGAGAUUCUCAAACUUCAGAGAACUAUUACGGAUCUGCGAGAGGAGAUGAGUCGUGAGGUUGAUGAACACCAGCACGAACUGGCCGCCCUGCAGGACGCCCAUCGGCAGAAGAUGGCCGACAUCACACGCCGCCAUAGAGACGAAUUAGCAGAGUACGAGGAGAGGAUAGAGGAGCUGGAGGAACAGAUUCAGAGUGGAGGAGUUCAAGCCACUUCCCCAGCAGAUGCCGCCAAGCUGCUUGAACUCCAGAAAACAAUAAACUCACUGCAGGAAGCAGCCAAUCAGCAGGAAAAGCAGCUGGCCGAGCUGUCUGCCAGCCUGGAGGAGGAGCAGAGGAAACAGGCCUCGCUGCAGCUGGAGAAAGAUGAAGCCCAGGAAGAAAACGCUGGGCUGCUGCAGAACUACACGCGAUUGCAGGCCUCCGUCAGUGAGCUGCAGGCCCGAGUCCAAGAGCAGGAAGGGAAGGCUCUGCAGAAAGCCCAGCUAGACCACGAGAUCCAAGUGUUGAGAAAAAACCUUGCAGCUUCAGAAAAAGAAAUCGAGAGACUGAAUAGCCUGGCUGCAGCAGGACCAAAGGAAGAAGUUGAGCAUGCGGACAUCUUAGAACUGAAUACGAUUAUUGGGACAUUGAGACAGGAAAAGGACGUCCUCGAGCAAGAAAAGCUGAAUCUGCAAGAAAGACUAAAGAUUGCGGAGGAAGAAAUAGUGAGCAAUAAUGCGGCCAAGUGUGAUGAAUCAGAGUCAGUGGAGCAUCUGAAGGCAGAGAUGGAGAGGAGAGAAAAGGCCCUGAGAAACACUGAGGAGGAACGGGAUACCCUGAUGUCUGAACUGGAGGAACUAGACCGACAAAACCAGGAAGCAACACAGCACAUGAUCUCGGUGAAGGAGCAGCUCUCUGGACAGCUGAAGAAGUCAGAGUCAGAACUGACAAGCCUGACCGCAGAGCUGAACGCAACCAAAGACAAAAAUGAGGCACUGAAGCAAGAACUGGAGACCCAAAAAGAGAAAACCAGCCAGAGCGCCUUCACCCUCAAUGAGCUGCAUAUGGGCAAACAGCAGUUGGAAAGGUCAGUGAAGGAGCUGAAAGACAAAUUGGGUCAUGCACAGGAGCAAAACAGGGAGGCACGUAGGGAAAUCGCAGAGCUGAAGAAGACUUUGCAGGAGAGGGAGGAGCGGAUGUCUGUUGCCAAAGCGGAGCUGCAUCAAGCAGGGGAUAGAGGAGCUGAGGCCCAGGGAACUAAAGAGAAGCGAGCAGAGAAGGAGAGGGAGUUGUCAGACCUCAGGAAAGAAAUGAAUGAGAUGAAGAGCUCUCACGAGAAGGCGAUGUCUGAGGCCUAUGAGUUGAAGAUGGAGAACAAAAGGUUGAAGGCAGAGGGUGAGCAGGCUCUGAGUAAAAGUGACGAACUGACCAAGCAGGUGAAGGAAAGCCAGGCAGCCCUGAACAGGACAGUACGGGAGAAGGACACUCGUAUCGAAGCUCUGAAGCUGGAGAAAAGUCAACUAGAGGGUGAACUGAUGCAGACUGAGAGCACACUGACGGAGCGGGCAAAACAGUACCAGCAGACCAUCGAGGAGCUGACACGAGCCCGCUCCAUGGAUGCCUCCGCUUUACAGACGGAGCAUGAGCGAGCCAUCAAACUCAAUCAGGAGAAAGACUUGGAGAUAGCUCAGCUAAAAAGAGACAUGGAGCAGUUGGCGUCUGACCACAGAGACACCAAUGAGAUGCUUUCCAUCACAGUUGCAGGGCAGAAGCAGCUUACAGACUUGCUGCAGGAAAAAGACGUCUUUGUGGAGACUUUAAAACAAAAUGCUUCCGACUUGCAGAAAGAGAUGGACAAUAGUAUUACAGUCAUGUCAAAGGAAGCGGACGCUCUCAGACUGGCACUAGAGGAGAAGGAUAAACAGUUGGGGGUUAUGAAGGAGGAGAAUAGUCAUUUGAAAGAAGAGAUCGAUCGACUCAGGGAUCAGCAAAGCAGGCCUCAGUCUCUGGCUGAGCCCAGGACCUUAGAUAUCAUCACAGAGCUGGAAACUGAGAUCACGCAGCUCAAGGCCUCCAGGAAUGGUCUGGACGAGGAGGUCCAGACUCUGAGGAGAACUGUGGAAGAGCAGCAGGCCUCUCUCCUUAUGUCACAGCAGUCUCUCCAGGCUCAGCAGAGCGAGCUUGAGCAGGCUCAUGCUCGUCAUCAGCAGACCACACUUAACUAUGACAGACUCAUCCAUGCCAGAGAUGAAGAGAUAUCCCGUCUCCAGCAGACAGUAGAUGGACUCAGUGAGAGUCAGGGACGUGCUGAUUCCCCCCCUGUGCAGGGAGAGGUCAUUCUGCAGGAGGAGAAGACCCAGACUUUAAAUCAGGAGAGUGGCAACGAGAAACACGACUUGUCCAAGGUAGAAAUAGAAAAACUGGUGAGAGGCAUCAAGGAGAAAGAGACUGAGAUCAGCCAGCUGAAUGAGAAGAACCUCUCAUUGACCAGACAGCUGGAUCAGCUGGUGGUGUCUCGUGAUGAAGUGGGAAAACUGUCCCAGAUGAUAAUGCAAAAGGAUCUGGAGAUCCAGGCUCUUCAUGCCAGAGUUUCCAUGGGCGUAGGUGGUGGACACAGCCAGGAUGUCAUGUUCCUACAGCAGCAACUGCAAGCAUACGCUGUGGAGAGAGAGCAAGUGCUAGCCGUGCUAAACGAGAAAACCAGAGAGAACAGCCAGCUUCGCUCUGACCAUCACCGUCUCAUGGAUAUCAUGGCAGGGAAGGAGGCAGCCCUGUUGAAGCUUCAGCAGGAGAACCAACGUCUCUCCAACAUGAGUGACCCCUCAGGAAGCCAAGAGAUGUUCAAGGAGACCAUCCAGAACCUGUCCCGCAUCAUCAGAGAGAAGGACAUUGAGAUUGAUGCAUUGACCCAGAAGUGCCAAACCCUGGUAACCGUCCUUCAGGCCUCCGGAGGAGAGUCCGGUGCUGGCUCCGGGGGCGUCAGCAGCAAUCAGUUUGAGGAGCUGCUGCAGGAGAGGGACACACUGAAACAGCAGGUGAAGAAGAUGGAGGAGUGGAAGCAGCAGGUGAUCACCACAGUCAAGAACAUGCAGCACGAGUCAGCUCAGCUGCAGGAGGAGCUGAUCAAACUACAGGGUCAGGUCUCUGCUGACAGCGACUGCAGCUCCAAGCUGACAGUGGACUACACUCGACUGAUCCAGAGCUAUGAGCAGAAGGAAAGGAAGCUGGGAAGUCUGAGUCAGGAACUAGCUCAGGUCCAGCAGACCAUCAGUCAGCUCAGCACCACCAAGGAGGUCCUGCUGGGUAAACUGGACAGCGUGGCACAGACUCCCGAAGUCGUAGCCGCUCAGUCCAGUGGACCUUCUCUCACAGCUGAUGCCCCAAGCCACCAAACGUCUCCAACAGUAAACAAUGACAAACUGCAGGAAGAACUUCUACGAUUGCAAGCUCAGCUGGCUGAGAAGGAAAACGUGAUCAGGACCAUUCAGGAGAACAACCAGCGGCUCUCCAACUCAGCAUCUGCCUCAGAGAGCGAGCAGAGAAGUCAGGCUGAGCAGAUUCGACAGGUCAGAGAGAGGCUGGAUGCCCUGCAGAGGUCUGUGAGGGAGAAAGACCUGCUCAUCAAAACCAAAGGCGACCAGUUAGGUCAGGUCAGCGAGGCUCUGCGUAACCGUGAGAAUGACAACGAGGUGCUGAAGCAGGCCGUGACCAACCUGAAGGAACGUGCUCUUAUUCUGGAAAUGGACGGGAAGAAGCUGAAGGAGGAGAACGAGCUGAUAGUUUCUCGCUCUCGAGAGAAAGAGUCGGAGUUCAGAGCGCUGCAGGAAACCAACAUGCAGGUUUCCCUCCUGCUGAGAGAGAAGGAGUUUGAGCUGAGUGCAGUGAGUGAGAAGGCUGCAACUGUGGAGAAGAUGCUGAAGGACAAAGAGCAGGGUAAGUCUGGCGAGCUGAAUCAGCUCUUGAAUGAGAUGAAGUCCAUGCAGGAGAAAGCUGUGGCGUUCCAGCAGGAAAGGGAUCAAGUGAUGAUGGCACUCAAGCAAAAACAAAUGGAAACCACUGCACUACAAAGUGAGCUUCAGCAUAUGCGGGAUAAAGAACAGCGGCUCAACUUGGAGCUGGAGAGGUUGCGUAAUCACCUCUUGGAGAUCGAGGAUUCGUACACGAGGGAGGCCCUCGCCGCAGAGGACAGGGAGACCGAGCUACGCAGGAGGGUGGCGCUGCUGGACGAGAAACUGGCCACGUCUUCGAGUGCUGUGGAGAAUGCCAGCCAACAGGCCAGCAUGCAGGUGGAGUCUCUGCAGGAGCAACUGAGCGGAGUGGUGAAGCAGAGGGACGAUGCACUUGUCCAUCUCAGGACGUCUCAGGAGCAAGUCAACCAGUACGCAGUGUCGCUCUCCAACCUGCAGAUGGUGCUAGAGCAGUUUCAGCAAGAAGAGAAAGCCAUGUACUCAGCAGAGCUUGAGAAGCACAAGAAGGAGAAGGAGGAGUGGAGGAGAAAAGCUCAGCGUCUGGAAGACCAAGCUUCUGCUCUACAGGUUAACCUCGAUGAAGCCAAUGCUGCUCUCGAUUCAGCGUCCCGUCUCACCGAUCAGCUCGAUCUAAAGGAGGAGCAAAUUGAAGAGCUGAAAAAACAAGUGGAUGUGAGACAGGAGAUGUUGGAGGAGGCGCAGAGGAAGCUGAUGAGCCUUCUGAACAGCACAGAGGGGAAGAUAGACAAAGUCCUGAUGCGUAACCUGUUCUUGGGAUACUUCCACACACCUAAAACAAAGCGUGCCGAUGUGCUGAGGCUCAUGGGAAGUGUUCUGGGACUGAGCCGAGAAGACAUCGAUAAGAUGCUGGAAGAGGACGGACGGCACGGCGUUACUGGAUGGGUGUCAAGCUGGCUGGGAAGCAGAGGAGCUCAAAGUGUCCCAAACACUCCCCAGAGGCCCACGAGUGGCCAAGGACUCAACUCUUCCUUCUCUGAGAUGUUUGUUAAGUUCUUGGAGAUGGAGUCGACCCCUUCGCUGCCGGCUCUGAAGCUUCCGGUCCAUGACAUCAAGCCUCUGAGCGUCCCGCCUCUGAAGAGAACAAGCAGCGGCGCAGCUUCCAGCACCGCCGCAGGAGCUGCAGCAGGAGCAAGCAAGCGAGCCGGCGAGUCUAAUCCCUUCCUGGCCCCUCGUUCCGCUGCCGUGCCCCUGCUGGCUGGGUCCAGCUCUGGCGGCUCAGGAGGUCACCUGCUGAUGAAGCCCAUCUCCGACGCCCUGCCCACCUUCACGCCUGUGCCGGUCUCAGCCGAGGCCAGUGCUGGAGCUGUGCUCAAAGACUUGUUAAAGCAGUGAUCGGUCACAUAAAGAGUGUCAGACAGACACCUGAACUCAGCACCACUUUUUACACUACAGACUGAGAGAUUUGAGCAGUUCUGCUUCUUAUUGCUGCUCUUUUUUGAAAUAAAUAAUCAGAGAGUUCAUAAAAGCUUAAUAUUCCCUUUUUGGGAGGGGACUGAAAUUAAUUUAGUUUUUUUUUAAGACUCAGUUUUACUUGCAGUUACUGUUCUAUGCAACAGAGUGUCCCUUUACACAUUAUGAAAAGUGUCUCCCGCUCAUUAGUGUUCAGUCUUAACCCACAUGUCGAAAACGAUCAGUGAAGCGACUCCAUGUGCAACAAAAGACGCAGGAUGAGAAUAUUUUCAAGUUGUGGGUCAGACUGAGAGCGACACAGUAGAUUUUCAUAGAAACUGCCCUUUUGAUUAUGAGUUACGUUUUUACAUUUUAAUUUUUCAUCACACCAGUACUGAACACAAGUGACUUUACAAGCUCACAUGUGCAACUCGAUACGCGUGGGCCGAGCUCAUCGUCACCUCUGUUUGCAAGAGGAAACAUGUCCUUCAGUUUUCAUCUUUUGACUUGCUUUGGACAACUUUUCUCGUCUUCCGAGUCCUUUUUUUCUUCAACAAUGCAGUGAAUUGUUUCUGAUCCAGGACUUGGUCUAAAAACUCUCUGGCAGUAGUAGCCUGUGUGGAGAUUUACGAAGUUCACUACAUCUGUUAAAACCAUAAAGACAUUUCUUUUUUUCUUUUCCUAAAUCUUGUCUUUUCCGGACGGCCAGACUGUGAUAUGCAACAAGCGUUGUUAUUAUGGCUGUAACUGUGGACUGUGGUCGAUCAGAGACUUGAGGCUGCGCUUAUGUUAAAACACAGUACUAUUAUGUAGUUAUGUACAUGUAAAUGGGUGACAUUUUUCCUAUUUAUGGGCGCUAAGGAAGUUCUGGAAGUUAAGUGCCUGCAUUUUUUGCUAAUUAGAGUUGUAUAAUCAUGAUUGUAAAUGGUUAAUAUAAAUAUAUAUAUUUACAAAAUGUAAAAACUGCAAAUUUAAAAGGUUUUACCUGACCAGAGCUGGCCAGCGUGUGUCUGAGCUGCUCCACAUUUUUGUAUAGACAUCAAUCAGCCGCUGCAGAAGGAAUGUUACAGGGUUUCUCCAGGUGUAUUGAUAAAGUGUACAAACUGUAAAUCUUGGCUGUAAAAGAUUUUUUUAGAUGUAAAAUCUGAAACUCAGAGGUGUCAAAAAGUAGUUGGGUUACCUUGAACUUGGAUGAUCUUUAGCCGAGGUUAAUACCUGUGACUUAAUUGGAAUUCCAGAUCAAAUAAAGGUACUGCUGGCCCGUA